UAACUGUAACUUCAAUUCCAAUUCGCCGUAUUUAUGAAAACAAACGUUUUAAGUAGGUGAAGUUAAUAUAGUUUUUAAAUUGUAUCGAUCUUUAAAAAUGUCUAUCUCAUCGGAUGUUAUAGAUAUUGACGAAGGUGGUGAAGAGUUCCCAGUUGAUGUUGAAGGAGAUCAAAGUGUUCAAAAAUUAAAAGAAAAAGUGAAGAAACGAAAAGGCAGAGGAUUUGGUGGUGAUGGCACUGCCAGAGAAGAAUUGCAAGACUAUGAGGCAAUGGAUCAUGAUGGAACAGAUGAACCGGGACCUCAAAGAUCAAUAGAAGGUUGGAUUUUGUUUAUUACUGGAGUCCAUGAAGAGGCUCAAGAGGAUGAUGUUUACGACAAGUUCUCAGAACACGGUGAAAUUAAGAAUCUACACCUCAAUCUUGAUAGAAGAACUGGAUUCCUAAAAGGUUAUGCCCUUGUAGAAUAUGAAACAUACAAGGAGGCUCAAGCAGCUUUAGAUAAUUUAAAUGGCUCAGAUUUGCUUGGUCAGCAGAUACAUGUGAAUUGGGCAUUCGUCAAGGGAGCUCUAAAAAAAAAAAGAAGUAGUCGGAGGCAUAGGUAUUAAUGCUGUGAUGAGUCUAGAUAUGUUUAUUUGUUAAGACGGAGAAAGUGUAAGACCUGUACUGUAUACAAUCAUUGUCACAUUAAACUGUUUGUGUAACGACAAAUUUAUUAUUACAAUAUUUGUUUUGUCAUUUUCAUAUCAUUUGAAUAAAAACUAAAUUUUAAAGAGUGA